ACCAAUUACGUAUGCAUAUGAUAACAUACUCGCUAGAUUGAAUAGUUUAGCCAAUAGAAAUAGAAUACCUGCGCAUCCUGCAGGUGGUCGUAAAUAAUUAUUCUUGACUCCGAGGUAUGUCGUGUAAUAAGGUCGAUUUCGAAAUGUCUACAAUACCAGAUAAAGAAUCAUUAGACCACCUUAUCUAUUCAGAACGAAACGUCAGCACCAUUUUGGAUACUCAUUAGAUCUCGGUGAUAAACGAAGAGAGCACAAUGUCUGGACCUCUGAAUUGGAGUUAAUUAUCCGUGGAAAUCACUUGGCCCGCUUUGAUUCGGAAGUGUAACGAUGGAAGACGAAAGAAAUGAAGAGAUACAAUCUUUAACUAACAGGACGACUAAUGAAGGAUAUACAGGUCUCAAUAAUGUAAUUAGUGACACAUCGGCAAGAACUUUUAAGAAAGGAGGCAUACCACAACCAUCAUUCAAAGAUGUGAUACCCCAAGUAAUUGCAAGCUGUAUCGUUCACUGCAUAGUAAUACAGGCUGGAAUAAACAUGGCGUACAGUACAAUCUUGACAAAUGGUUUAAAGAGAGGCGAAAAUAACAUCACAAUUGAUGAAAAUGCAGAGUCUUGGAUAGCAAGCAUAGUUACCAUAUCACUGCCUAUUGGAUCAUUGCUCGUUGGUCCACUGAUGGAUAAGUUUGGACGCAAAACCAUUUGCCUGGCAUCGUGUGUACCAGUCAUAGGUUCCUGGAUUUUGCUGAUGAUCAGUAACAGCUUACCUAUGGUGUACUUUGCCCGUACCAUGGCAGGGGCAGCAGCAGGACUCACAACCGUAGGUCUGGUUUACGUGUCAGAAAUUACACAUCCUCAGGUCAGGCCAAUGCUGCUCUGUCUGAAUUCAGUUUUCGUCUCCUUUGGCAUCCUCAUUUCGUGUUUCUUCGCAAUGUGGUUGAACUGGUACCAGAUGGCGAUAAUAUUCUUGGUUUUGAAUAUUUUCAUCUUCUUUGCCCUCUUCACCAUUCCUGAAAGCCCUUAUUGGCUUCUGUGUUUCAACGGUGAAGCAUUCAAUGAAAAACGGACUGCCAAGGCGGAACGCAGUCUAAAGUGGCUUAACAGAAAUCAUACGUUCUAUGAACAAGAGUACGAGAGAAUCAAAGAGAUUUACCACAGUCGUCAGCAGCAGGAAGAGGUAUCGAAGAACAUUCUGCAGUCCAUAAAGUACUACUAUCAUCGAGUAAUCUCACCUAACGUCUAUAAGCCAAUAGCGAUUCUCUUCUUCCUCUUGCUACUUCAGCAAUUCUCCGGAGUUUACGUAGUGAUCUUCUAUGCUAUCUCUGUCUUCCAUGAAAUUGGUGGGUCCUUCGGUGGAGGUGUCGACGAAUAUGGUGCACUUUUGCUACUCGGUGUCAUCCGCUUUGCUAUGAGCUUAGUCACUGUCUACUUCAGCAAAAUAUAUGGACGCCGACUUUUGAGUAUCAUCAGUGGACUUGGAAUGACCUUCUCCAUGUUCUUCUCUGCGAUGUAUCUGUACCUGACAUCAUCUUGUGACGAGAAUGGACAAAUUGUCAACCAGAGGUGGCUUUUACUAGUCAUUGUAUUGUUUUAUGUGUGCAUGAGUUCAUUAGGAUUUAUCGUCAUACCUUGGACAAUGAUUGGUGAACUUUUACCCAUCUCAGUUCGUGGCACGGGUAGUGGAGUUAUGACGGCAGUGGCCUAUAUCAUAAUGUUUGCGGUGGUUAAAAGUUUCCCAUAUAUGUUAAAAGCUAUCGGGGGACAAGGUGUGUUUUUCUUCUUUAGUCUCAUGUCACUGGCUGCUACGAGCUUUGUCUACAUCUUUUUACCGGAAACCCUUGGCAAGACUUUUGCAGAAAUUGAAAGUUACUUCGAUAAGGGUAAAGAAAAAUCAAGACAACAAAUUCGAACCGUUGACUGUUGAUUUACUACAAUGUAAUCAAAGGAGUUCUAAUAGAGUUUUCCAUUAUAAUAUAUUGGAAAACAGAUUUGAUAUUUUUUAUCAUUUUAUGAACGACAGUAUUUUCUAAUAUUCCGAAGAUGUUUUUCUGAAAUGCAAUUUGCUCAUAUGUUUUUUAUUGACAUCGAUCUAAAGAGAAUCUGUGAUCACGUUGAUAGAAUAUUUACGUAAUUGAUAAAAUGUGAUCGGCAUCUUUAUAGUGCUUUUUAAUACCUUUUAUACAGGUAGAUGUAAAUGACUAAGACUUAAGAAUAAAGAACGAUUAACAUAUCCAUAA